CGGUGGGCAGAGAGUGUCGCGAGAGCACCAGUGACCGCAGUCGCUUUUCGCGCACCGUCCGGCCUCCGCGUACAUUUCCGAACGCACGCUCGCAACGUAACACACGCUUCCCGCCACAAAUUCAAACAUCGAAAACCCUACUGAAGGUGGUAUCGGUGUUUUCGACAAGUGACAUGGAAUAAUGGUGGAUUCCACGUAAUAAAUCAAUCAGUGCUUUUUUUACUACAAAUUGAAGUUGAAGACAGUUAAACAUUACUGAAAGUGCAUGAGGAUGCGAGCCGGUGUGUGGUGGAGCGUGGCGGCGCUGACGCUGCUCGCCGUCACCAGCGCCCUUAGACCCACUCAGGUGGAAGGUGCGUCAAGGAGUAGAAGGUUGCCAACACCAUCAGCUCCCGAUGGCAAUAGUGUGGCCGGUUCUGGUCAAUCGGACACCGUGCAGCCUACAUUCAGGCCUAGGAGCAGUACCAGUAGGAGACGAGAAGAAUCUCCUCCAAGAGAUGCUGUCCGAACAAGGACGAGAACCAGGCCGGAGAGUGUUCCAACUCCUGAACAACCUCAAACUCCUAGUGCAAACAACGAACGAUUCGAUUCGAGAAGGACUCGAACGCGCGGCCAACCAGCUCCCACUGAAUCUACUAACAAGGAUGCUUCACUAACAAGGGAACCUGUCUCUCGAACCAGGUCUAGAGGUGGCAGUAGACGACCCACUUCACCUACUCCUACUCAAGCACCUGUAGACUUGACUUCUCCAACUAUCGAUGAAAGCAAACUCGAAGUAAUCAAUUCAAAUCUAGAUGAUAUUACGAAGAUUCCUAAAGAAGACACGGCUACUACUCAGUUCAGACGCAGGACCUCUGUAGUUCAAACAACUGAAAGUGUUGCUUCGAAGAGACCGCGUGGACGAGGUAACACACGCGCUAAUGCCAGGUCUUUGGAUCUUGCCGUAUCAGGAACGACCAACACUUUGACUGUAGCCGAGAAAGCGCCCACGACUGCAAGAACUGCUCAAACAGCUGAUCUGAGAGCUUCAAGGAAACUAAGAUAUAAAACUCGACCUUCCGAAACGGAUACGAAUUUAACAGGUGAAGGACUCGUUACAGCUAACGAAGUCGUUAAGUCUAGUCAGAACAAAGAGAGUGUUACUAGUCAAGCAGAAAUUCAAACUGCCGCUCCAACCGUCGUCGAAACCAUUGUUCAACAUAGCACAGAACCAAACAAAGCGAAAACUACAACAUUGAAAGUGACAAAGGUCGUAAGACGCCCGCUAGGAAGAGGGAAGGUUAAUUUUCGACCAACCGUCACUUUGCCUAAAAUGCAAGUUUCAGAUGAAAUAGGUGAAGACGAUAACUAUCCAGCGAGUUUCAAGGCCUUAAUUCAAGCUAAAAAUGCGUCGACACAGGCGAGCUCUCCAAACGGCGAGAGUUUGACACAGAAAGCAUCACAAAAGGUUUACAAAACUUACUCAGCAUCAUCACAGUCAACACAAAGUGGGCCUGGCACAAACAAAUACUCAAGGUUUCGUAAUAAACAGGCAGCAGCUGAAGCUGAGUCAAAAAACGAAAAUAAAGAAGAAAGUAAAACAUCAGAAACAACUGUGACACCAGAGGUGUCGAAACCUAGGAAUGCAGAGUACAAGCCACGAGGGACUUAUAGUGCUAGGUCUAGGAAAUCUACGUUUACUCCAUCAUCAACAGCUAGUUCCGGACCAGCUAGUACAGGACCCAGUUCUGAGAAACCAAUUUUUAAAUACAACAGAAAAUUUAAACCCCCAGUUCCUGAAUCAUCAAAAACUGAAACUGAAAAAAGCAAGCCGGCUGAGCCUAGUAACGGAAUAAAAAAGUCUUUUGUGCGACCUCUUGUAUAUUCUAGAAAAUUUAAAGGAAAAACUACUAGUGGUGGUGAAACUUCAUCUACCGAAAGUGCUAAAACUGAUUCUGUAAAUAUUCCUCAAAAAACGGUACUGCCACGUACUUCCUAUUAUUCAAGAUUGAGAAAUAAAAACAAUGUAACAUCUACAACUGAAGCUCCUAAGGAGGUGACCGAAACUAUUACCAAAAAGGUAGAAGAAACAGUUGAUACACCUCUGGUCUUUGCUUUACUAAACAACUCUGAAGAUGGAGAAGCCGUAAGGAUCGAUACACAACCAGAAAAUAAUGACAAUCAUAUGUUUUUAAUAUCUGUAACUAGUAAGGAGUCUUUAGAAAAUAACACAAGCAAUGAUGUAACAAACAUGGCAGAUGAGUCUGAGAAUAUGCCUAUCAUCAACGUUUCUCCAACUUUGUCACCGAGACUGGAUAGUGAUAAAUACAAGUUCCAUGCAAAUUACAAGGAUCAAAAUGCAACUAAUGAAAAUGAAAAAGAAAAAGGAUCCUCGACUGUCGUUCCUCCAGUAAGAAACCUGCAAACUAGAAAGUACGGACGCGGUCGUAAAUCUAAAGACAGUGCAUCUGAUGUUGUUGGAACCACUCCUAAGCCUCGCGAAAGGAGUUUAAGAAAAUUCAGCGAAUCCUUUUCUAAGACAACCGAGCCCUCAACCAAUGGGAUAACGCCUGAACCAGAUAAAUCUAAGAGUAGGUUCAGUUCUAAAUACAGAGCUUCGUAUCUUGAUAAACCAUUUUACAAACCCACUGUACCUACUAUUACACCAUCAACUGUAGAGGGAGAAGAGAUACAAUUAGGGCCAGACCUGAACGCUAUUUCCUUUACUCAAACACGAAGGACAUUGUCCUCGGCAGACUUGCGACUGUCCGAGAGUCUGGUGAAGCCAUCACACGUGAUGAACGUUGAGGCAUCACAUCACUCGCCGUCAGUUACAGUAUCCAUAUUUGAUGCUUUAGCUGAAAUACUCACGUCCACUCCCAGACCACGAAUCUCGACAACUACCGAAGUAACGAAAAUACAAAACCUUAAUACUGACGUUAAACAAGUACUCAACGGCGUGAGUAGCAACAAUAAUGUAAAUAGUGUCCCAGACUUAGCAAGUCAGGAUACGUUUAUGUCAACCAACGCCGAUGUAAGCACUACUACUAAAUCUGUACAGCCCACUGUUCAAGCCACACCAAAUGUGAUUAACAGUAUUUUGGUCGGGGGAACUGUUACACAGUCACUAAACACAGAAGACGGAAAUAUAACUCCUGUGAAUACACCAAAACCUCCCAUUCCCACUCCCACUACUCCCAUUUCCGCAAGGAAACCAUUUGCUAUAAGAGUUUUAUACUCUGAUACAGAACCACCAAAAGACAAACCCACGACUGCAUCUACACCAACUCAGGGAUCGACUGACAGCCCGAAAAUGGUAUAUAACACUGUGUCUGAUCUUUUGUUGUCGAAUAACAAUUUAGUUUCUUCUGAACUAACUAGCAUGUUGUCAAAUAACAUUAUAAAUAUUAUAGAAAAUAUGGAUGAGAACAGUAGAUCGAAACUAAAGAGUUUAGAUAUGGCAAAAGUAUUAAAAAGUUUAAUCCCUAGAGCUUUAGAUGGACUUGCGACUGUACUUGACAAUGCUGAUUCCAUCCCGAUCACAACACCUUACAGCUUGGAGGACAUUAAGGAUACUGAGAAUAUUGAUAUAGAUGGUAUAGAAUCCAGUAAUGCCCUCCAAAGUGUAGGUACUGGCGGUAAUGUAAAUAUCACUGUAGAUAAUAGAAAUGUACCCAUUAGUGUCACACAAACCCCCGCUAAUGUAAAUAGUCCUGUUACACCGGGUAUUGUAGAGAGCACAAGGUCUGUUUCAAGUAGCCAGGCGACUACAGCUGCUACGAUUCCCAGUACAAGUGCUAGCUCAGAACGACCUAGUUCUGCAGCUACACCUAAUGUAACACCGUCUCCAGCGACCGCUACGUCAUCUGUCUCCUUAGAAACAGACUCCGUAAAUGUAGAUAUUAGUGACAAAACAAGUGACUCUACUAACAAAAUUGUUCCUUUACCUUUUCUCACCAACUUCCAAAGUGGAGAUUUUACUUCUGAUGAAUCUGAUAACCUCGUUAAAACCUCAACUACGCCUAUUUUAAAAUCCUUGUCCUUGGUAUCCUCUUCAGUAUCACCAAUGCGUGAUAUUGAUGACAUACAGGAUCCUAGCCAAAUGUCUAAGUUGCAAUUAUGGGUACUAUCGAAGAAAGCUAGAGUUUUGAAGAUGAUUGAAGACUUAAUACGACUGCAUAAUGACGAGUUAGCAACAGCACCGCCAUUGACUGACUUUGUGAGCCCAUCAGGUAACAUCAACUUGUCUGAACGUUUAACCAAUAUUAUGAACACAAUGAUUACAUCGACUGAAUCUGUGACGACUCGUGAUAUUGAACCUACUUCUCCUAUGACUACCCCAUCCUUUGUUGUCAAUCCUCUAUCCACCAAUGUGCUUGAAACUACCACUAGUAAUCCUAUACCAAGUCUCACAACAACGGCAACGUUGCCAGAAACCGUAGCAACAACUGAAUUGCCAUCUACUACUGAGACUGUGACAAUGUCUUCACGUUUGGGUUCCGCCGACGCAGCCAGUGGCACAACGGGUUCGUCUUCUGUCACUACUACUUCAUCUCCUGUAACAGUUACAACCGAAGUUAGUGGAACAGUCAAUGAUAUUACAAGUACCACACCUACACCCACCACGGAUGGUCAGCCCAUUGAGAUAUUAAACCGACUUCAAGAAGCUAUUGUAACCACAACAAUGGCUAGUACAGAUACAAUGGAGACUACAACAGCAGCAGCUAACACCGAGACAACAACACAACUGAAUGUAGAAACGACAACUACAGUUGACAUAGACACAACAACUGCCGACGCUUCAGACAGCAACACUACACAAACAACAGUUAGUACUUUGAGCGCCGGAACACCUACCAUUCCGAAAAAAGAUUACGUUAUAUUCGGAAUAUUACCAAACAAUACAGUGGUACGUAAAAACCCUAACGAGGACAUAUUGGAAACAUUAACAGAGGCGAGCCCAUAUAUCGUUUACGGUGUACUACCCAAUAACACAGUAAUCCGUAAAUUCCCGAACGGGACUAGAGUGCCACGAGUCAUGCAAAAAAUUGACAUACUACCAAUCAGUCCAUGGAGUCUAAGAAAUCCAUACAGCCCCAUCCAUAACAAUCCGGCCAUUGUCAGACCGCAGCCUAACCCCAUCCGAGAUUCCACUAAUACUGUGACAUCCACAGACACAUCAAAUAACGGAACGGAAAGUUUAACCAACGACACUGUAAAUAACCAACAAUCGAUGACGAAACAAAUACGAACGGAAAAGCCAGGGGAAGGUGACGGAAACGCCGUAUUUAAAUUCAUACCGAUAGACGAGGUAACGGUUAAAACGCAAGAUUCAAACGUACUAAAACUGGCUUCAACGAAAACACCACCGUCGACAAAUGCCAUACAAACUGAGGUACAAACAAUGUCAACACCAAGUAUGACUGAAAUGAGUACGCAGACAACGCAGUUACAAACACAAGAAACUACAAUGAAUAUUGCAACAACAACUACUCAAGGAACAACCAGUGUUGUGCCCGAAACAACUGUCGUAUCAUCUGCAUUUACGAAUGCGCCCGUAACUAUGGCGGCUACUACAAGUCAGCCGACAACACUACCGCCUACGACCACUACAACGACAACAGAGGCUACGACAACCACUACUACUACGACAACUACGACAACAACAACACCAGCGCCAACAACAACGACAACAACAGAACCGACAACAACAACAACAACCGCGGCCCCAACAACUACGACAGCAGCUACGACAACCACGACACAACCUCCAACAACAGCCCAAGCUUCAACUAUUGUUCAAUCAACAACUCUCAGUAUCGAAGAAGAAUUAAAGAGAUACAGAGAAGACGUUCAGUUACUCCAAACAUUAUUGCAAGCAACGGGCCGCAAUCCAAAGAAUUUAAAUUUGAGCACUAAUUCGCUGUUGUUGGGUGAUAUAACAACUACAUUGAGGCCUACAACAACAACAUUACCAACUACAACUAGGUCACCGACAACAACUAGAGCGCCAACAACCACUAGAGCACCAACUACAACUCAAGCAACUGACCCACUGAAGCUGCUGCAAGCGCUAUUUACAAAUCAAAACAAUCCAACCACGUUAUCUAUACCAAAUAUUGGCGGAAACCUAAGAAUCAAUACUGGACAACAGGCAACUACAACAACAGUACGAUCUAUAGAGGAUGAUAUAAAACAAUUCGAAGAGGACACCAAGUUAUUACAGGCGCUUUUAGCGGCAACGGGACAAAACCCUGCUUCCCUAAAUAUACCCUCGCUAGAUAGUCUAACAACCAUUAGAAUUCCUACCACAACACAAACAACUACUUUACCAACAACCACUACGACAACUACAACUACAACAACAACAGCUAGACCAACAACCACUAGGCCAACAACAACAGCUAGACCAACAACAACCUUUUUCCCAACAACACAAAAAAUCGAAGAUGAUCUCAGACAAAUCCAAGAGGAUACGAAACUUUUACAGGCUCUGUUACAGGCGACUGGUCAAAAUCCAAGCAAUUUAAAUAUUCCAAUUAUUUCUGGUAUUACUUCGAACGUGAGGAUAGCUUCUAAUCCUCAAACUACAUCUAUAGGAUCAAAUCCUACGACGCCGUUGAAUGUUAGGCCCGUGUUCACAACUACAAACGGGCCAUUGUUUAAUACAUUUGCACCUAGAACUGUUACCACUACGUUACAGCCUGAUGUUGGGAUUUCAACGACUUUCACGCCUUUCAAUCGAGGAAGACUAACAACAACGAUUAGAAGUGCUCCAACAACAUUUAGAAGUGCUGCAACAACUCUUACUGGUCGUCGCGCUCCAUUCACUGGCUUCACUUCAACAACUGAAAUGCCCAGUUCUUCGACAUUCUCCGUUGAAGAGGACUUGGCUUUCUUGAAAAACUUGAAAACUGUGCUGAAAACAAACCCUAACAACGAAGAUCCUGAGGCAGCUCUCGCCAACCGUAUCAUAGCCCUAGCUGUCGAAAAGAGCCUCAAUGAGAUACAAACUGGCACCACUGAAACAGUUCGUACAGGGAAAAAUAUAGCUGUCAGUGGAAAUGAAUUGAUACCUUCAACAAAUAGACCAGCAACAACUACCAGACUGACCACAACAACUACGAGGCCUACUACAACAACUACCACGACAACAACAACAACUACACCACGCCCAACAACCACACAGAGACCAACAACGACACAAAGACCAACAACAACACAAAGGCUAACAACAGUCGCCAACGGUCCAUCUAUUGAAGAUGACAUCAGACAGUUCCAAGAAGACACUAAGCUUCUCCAAGCACUACUUAAAGCCACUGGACAAGACCCAUCCAAACUCAAUCUACCUACACUACCUAACCUAAAUGUGAGUCCCAAUCUACCAAAAGGUGUCCACGAUGAAUUGAAUCUGCUAUCAAAUCUACUAGCUUCGCCAUCGCCGUUGAAUGAACCUUUCGAUCCGUUAACGCCGAAGCCUCCUCUUAACAUUAACGUUAAGGGAGUUAACAAUAAUUUACCGACUACAGCUUUGCCUUAUGGCGCAAAAAUAGCUGUUAAGGACAAACUCAAAAAUGAUCAGGAUGAUGAGAAGUUGUUACAAACUUUGAUCAAAUUGCAGGGCGCACAGGAGACAACGACACAAAAGAGUAAACUCACUAUCACAGGACAAUCUUCAGACGAGGCCUUAAAGAAACUGAUCCAGCAAACACAACCGACCGGCAUGGUGUCCGAGGCGACGCGAGCCCCGAUAUCUCUGAGCACCGAGUACGGCAAGAGCAACGACGCGUUGCUAGCAGCUUUGCUGAAGGAGCAGGGCUUCGGUCCCACCACGGCAAGUUCUUUGGACGAGCAACUCCGACUCGCUGCUUUACUCAACCAAGUGGUAGUGACGCCGAAGGCAAGGCGGACCACGACGCCGCCGCCGCCGCCGCCAGCGCCUCGGAGGCCAAUUCUGGACGGAUUGGCCUGGCUCUGGCAACAAUGGAGAGAAACUGCUCCUGGAUCAGGAGCGGCCCCAAGGCCCAACAGGAGGCCUGAGCCUGCGCCCUCGGCCAGGCCCGCCCCAUCAGUAUCCUCAGCCUCAGCCACGACGAGCAAUAGGGUCAACUGGUUUGGCUCUGGGCCCUUCGUGGGCAAUGCUGAUGACAGACCAGCAAAUAGAAUACCCCUGGAACCACCGAGAGCCGUGACGUCAGAGCAGGCUCCUGGUCGAGGGCAGCUCGUGUCAGCAGCCAUUAACGUCACGAGAGCCUUCUCACAGUUCCUAGGAGCUGCGAUACAGGGUGCUGCCCAAACCGUGCAGAGUGUCAUCCGGGCCGGACAGCGAGCCGCAACAGACGUCUACGUGAACGGUUCAGGCGGCGGUUCAGGAUAACCGCUACCAACUGUUCAGGACUCCAACACGUUGGACUCAAAACUUUUACGAAAGUGUCAUAGUACGCACUAUGUGUUGCAAGUGCUCAAAUGUAAAUAGUCGGUUGUAAAGUAUAGGUAAUUCUUAGCGUUGAUUCGGAAAUGUAGUUAGUUGUUCGAUAAAGUCCUCUUCAUGUUAGGGAUGCAAACAUAUCUGGUAACUUUCUGUCGUACUUGUAAUAUACAGUCGUAUUUGAAAUUCAAGUGAGAUAAAUCGUUAUGAAUUCGUUAAUAUAGGAUUUGUGACCAUUUAACAGACAAGUAAAUAAAAUAGUAAACUAAUUAUUCAAAAGCGUCAGUUACUCACGAUAUGUUUCUAUAGAACUUGAUCCCUUAAAAGUUCCUAAGCAGAGGUAUUGAACGUUUUCAAUCAAUGUCUACGAAUCAAAAACUUAAGGACUUUUAUAAUAUACCUACCUAAAUGUAGUUUUUUGACAAAUUGAGCAAGACAUCUAUUAGGUUUGCAACCUAAACGUCUGAUCUAGACUUAGGCAAACAAUGUGAUGUUAGCACUACUUUAGUUUUAUUAUUUAAAUGUUUAAUAAUUAUCUCUGCAACUCUCUACGUACUUCAUAAUAUUUUAUUUUAUGAACACAAACGACUUUUAAAUGUAGGCAACCUAAAUGAUUUGUAAAACAAAUGUAUGAUUAGGUUUGAACUACAUUAGCUUGUGUCAGCUAUGUUGAGAUAUUACUAAACAGCAAAAUAAUCUCUUCAGUUUAUUACGCUUAGCAAUUAUAGGGUUGAACUUUGGUAGCUUUUCCUUCUUUUGCUAUACUAUUUAAAGAUGAAAAAGACACUGUUUUAUACUGAAACUCCUUCUUUUAGUAAGAAAAUUCUAAAUAUUUUAAUCAUCUGAAAUAAAAUUAAUAAUUUAUCACGAUAAUUCGAAUCGCAAUUUAUUUUUUCGAAAGAUGAAAAUGUCAAAAGAAAUCAUUUGUCGUACUGAAUACGACAACAUAUUAUUUAAUAAUAAUCCCGACGAAUUUAGUUAUAAGACUCUCCGUAAUCUUAAGCCUAACAUGUGCCAUUUGCACGUGCUUGUACUCGCUGCUACAUUCUUCAGCUUUUAUUUAUUUAUUUAAGACAAUCUGUGUUCUACAUUCGCCUAAAGAAUGUAACAAAGAUUUGGGUUCCGAGUCAGGUAAUAUUAGUAAGUUGAAUUAUGUAAGCAAAAAAAAGAAAUUUUACAAGCAAUUAAUCGUUAUAAAAAUAUUUGGAAGCUGUGCUUAACGUAAAUUAAAGAAAAAUAUUAAAGAAGUACGAUUUGUUUCAUUAUUUUUUUGUAAAAAUGUUAAUUGAAGCUUUUAGCAUUGGAAAAUGGUAAUGCUGUGUUUAAAAUUAAUUUAUAAAUAAAAACUUUACUAACAAACUUGACUUGUAAAACUGGGGAUGUUUUAAUUCGCGAUAACCAAGCCGUUUAGCUUUUCACUGCCUUUAGAUGUAAUUAGGUAUUAAUAAGGAUCGGGUAAUCUAGAAUUAAUGCUGCAAGCCAAUUUUACAAUUGAUAACCAAAAAUAUACAAUUUCAAAAAUAUACCUAUUGGAAAAUGAUGCUCGUAAUUAUAUUGCCAUUUUGUUUUAUUUAAAGUAAAAUGAUAUUGGUAAGAUUUAUUGAGCGUUUUCAAAAAUUAACUAGGUUUGGUAAUCAGUUGUAACAUUAGGCAUCUAGUGCCGAAUACGUAAAAUUAACGGUCACUGCCAAAUUGACUCAUUAAUUUUAGCUUUGAUUUUUUGUACUUUUGUAAAACUUUUUUAUAAUUAAAAUAAAGUCUUUGCAAUAUAUUAGUGAAUUGCUAUUGUAACUAACGGACUUAUUUCUAAAAUAUUUUAUUUCAAAAUUCGGCUUGAUGCUGAUUUAUUAUUUAACUAAAUGUAAAAAAUGCCUUUUAAAAUAAUUGGGCUUUAUAAUCAAAUGUACUAUAUGUAUUUGUAUAUUUAUGGAUUUCUUCGGGAGAAUAGAAAAAUAAAUUAUUUUAUAAAUUA